AUGCGAUUAGGAACAUCCCGACAAGGCUUGAGAGCAGAUUUUAAGAAAUUAUAAGAGGAGGUUUCUCAGAAAAUGGAGGCACUGGCCGAGCUCUCAAAGGAUUUUCAGGAUGAUACCACCCUGGCUAUGCUCACAGACAGAGGGGCUCUGCAGGACAUGAAGGACAUGCUGAAAUUGAACUCUUUGGGUCAUUCGGAUGGCCCUGGUGGCACCAUCCUAAAUAAACUGCAACAGGACUUGAAACCUCUAUGUUUUAAUGAAAAGUAUCCCAUUUUUUACCUCCUGGAAGCCCUAAUAGUGCUAAGUGACACCCAACAGGAUCUGCUGGCCCUGUCCAUGGGAAAAAGGAUCCUGCUCCAUCAGCAGGAGCUGGUAAGGAGCAUUCUAGAAACCAGCUUCAAGUACCCCUGGAGCAUUCCCUUCACCCUCAACCCCAAGCUCCUCAGCCCACUGCAGGGUGAGGGUUUGGCCAUCACCUAUGGCCUGCUGGAGGAGUGUGGCCUGAAGAUGGAGGUGAACAGCCCCAAGUCAACCUGGGAUCUAGAAGCCAAGAUGCCCCUGUGUGCCCUCUAUGGGACCCUGUCAUUGCUGCAGCAGCUGGCUGAGGCCUCCCUGAUGGGCAGUCAGUCCAGAGAGGCCUGA